AUGCUGGAGAUGAGGUUAGAUGGUUACGGGUUCCCUUUGGCCUUGAUUUGUAUGCUAAACUUGGUAUUUUGGACUUUUGAAGCAUUGGUUGUCCAUGCACAAAAUCGAAUAAAAAACUACUCGAACUGGCCUACCAUCCCACAAGUAUACCUCAAUGGUGAAUUCGUUGGUGGCUGUGAUAUACUCCUCCAGAUGCAUCAGAAUGGAGAUCUCGUAGAAGAGCUGAAGAAGCUAGGGAUCCGUUCUGCGCUGCUGGAUGCAAAGAAAGACCAAGACAAAAAGUAA